AGUCAACGUUUACCAAACGGUUUAUUCAGGAAUGGCUACCGUCGGCAUGGGACGUGAGUUGCAAGUUUUGCAACGGCUCAAAUGGAACACAGUUUGUGAAAGUUGAAAAAGUUCCUCGAAAAAAUGGACGUCACGUAAUGCUGGCCAAUGGCGACUUGCACGUUUUGUCUGCACGCCAAGGCGACGAGAAUCAUUUGUAUCAUUGUCGAGUUCUCGUCCAGCCCAACGGGCAAACAAUGACCAGUUCCACUGCUAGACGAAUCAUCCUCAGUCAAGAAACCAUGACAAAGAUGGCACCAGUCAUUGUAGAAAGUGUGAAUCGAAUUCGAGUUUGGCGUGGACAAGAUGCCGUUUUACCUUGUGUUUUUCACGGAUAUCCUCCGCCUAAAAUCAAAUGGUGCAAAAGUCAAACGAUUCAGUGUGGCAAUCUGUUGUUGCCACUGGUGGCAUCAGCUGCCACGCAAGAGCAUCGUGGUGGAGUGCUGGGACAUGGGCGUCAUCGCCUCGUUGGUGGCACUUUACUCAUCGCUUCCGUCGUCGCCGAAGAUCAGGGCCGUUACAUUUUUUCCGUCAACAAUUCCAUGGGAUUAGUCGAAUCACGUACCGAACUCGUUUUUCGUGACAAAUUACAAGUCAGAAUCGUCGAACGUCGUCGUCGUCGCCGCCGCCGCAUCGGCUGCCCAGCAAUUCAAGUCGUCGAUGCAGAGACGUCCGUCACCAUCACGUGUCAUUUCUCCGGUAGUCCCAGGCCGGUUGUCAGUUGGCUCAAAGAUGGCCAGCGCUACUUGGUGGGCAAUAGUGGGCGUGUCUCUUCUUCAUCCGGCGACGACGGCUACACCGAUAUGGUCCAGUUAUCCAUUUCGUCCGUCCAACGUGAAGAUGAGGGAAUAUACCAAUGCCUGGCAUCCAAUGACGAAGGAGAUUGGGCCCAAGCAUCGGCCCAGCUGGCCAUUGGAGCAUUUCCUCCUCAUUUGAAAGAAACGUUCAGUCGGCAAGUUGUACAUCCGGGAAGUUCAGUCUCGUUGAAAUGUUUGGCCUCUGGCACUCCGCUGCCUCAUUUCACUUGGACGCUGGACGGGUUUCCGUUAUCGCCCGUUUCCGAACGAUAUUUCCUCGGCCAGCAGCAACAAACGGGUCACGACGAUCUUGUAGUGGCUCAUCUCAACAUAACCCACGUCCGAGUCGAAGACGGAGGCAAUUACAAAGCGUUUGUGGCGUUUGUGCGAACAGUGUGUAGCGGAGAAUCGAGUGGGUCGCGUAGAGCAUUCAGCCAAUUUGCAUAUUUACUUCAAUUCAAUGGCAGUUUGACGAUCGAUCCGUUGGAUAAGAGCAGCGACGCCGGUCUUUAUAGUUGCGAGGUGCGUGGCCAGAACGGACUCUCGGCUCGCCAGUCACUUCAACUCAACAUCCUCGGUAGAUUCUUUGCUGCGUCAUAGCUCGGGAGUCGUAACGGGCAAUAUCCUUGUGCAUUAAGUUGGUGAACUCUUGUGUUCCAUUGGGUAAUGCUAUCAAAUCUUAAUGUGCUAUUUGUGAAAGAUUUUAUUAUUCUGUAUGUUUUAAAGGGAAAUAUUUCAAAUUGAUUAAUUUGCAUGUUACGGAGUUGUUUUUUUCUGAUCUGUGGAGCCUGACAUUUUCCACAAUUUCUAUCGGC